AGAACAAUAUUGUAAUUGUGAUCUAGUUACAAAUACAAACAUUAUCAAAUAAAUAUGUACUUAUUUGACCAAUACAAGCACCUUGAACAAGAAAUUCAUAACGAAAAGAUGAAAGUAGUGCAAAAUUCGACGCCGUCUGUAUUCCAAGCAACAACACGCUAUUAUCCUCCAAUCACAUCCCAUGGAUAUUGGAUAGGUUCGCUUGUCGUCAGUUGCACAAUUAUACUGACAAGUGCAUGGAUUGUAUUAUCUUAUCUGAAGCAUGUGAAGUUUAUUUUGACUACAAAGAAACUCGAUAAAUAUGCAAAGACUGUUCACAAAGCAGCAAUUGCGGCGGUCGUUGUACCGUUUGGUCGGUAUAUUUCAACGUUUUGCUUAAUCAUUGUCACACUAGAUAGCAAAAACGAUUUUGCGUGUGAAGUUAUGAUUGACAUUGGUAAAGCCUUAUUUGUUUUGGCCCUUACCCCUAUUUACAUAUUUUAUUGGACAAGGCAGAGAUCGUUUUACAUGAAUCCAGCUAUGUCUCACAGGUUUGGUGGAUGCAUCAGCGUUUUUAGCAAUAUAAGUCUAGCACUUCUCAUUUCCAUGGGUUUCAUUAUGAUACCAUUGGCUGUAUAUCCAGAUGAAUAUGAAGCUAGUUCCGUUGGGUGCAUCCUCAGAAACGGAGAGAAAAUCCAUAACGCGCGCCACUAUGUGUACGCCGGUGUUCUACUAACUUGUCAACUAACGGUAGUCAGUCUGUUCUUGUAUCCGUUACUUCUUCACCACAAAUCGCAACAUGGAAUGAACAGGUCAAAUACACAUUCGCAAUCGGCAACACCAUUUGUAAACAACGUGACUUCAAUACAAUCAGAUAUUAGUUUGAAAAAGCCUGAAGCUAAUGACGUAAAUCAAGAAGUCACGUUAGUGGACUCCGCUCCUGUAAAAAGCGCAACCGUGCUUUUUAGAGUUGAAUCUUAUACGGGAAAUGAACCGCCACAGACGGAAAACUUUAAGGAGAGCUGUAUUGACACUAAUAUUCCACGAAGCCACGACAGUUCGAUUAAACACUGUAUAUUACCGAAAAGCAGUCCAAGUUUCUUAAUAAAAACAUUCCAUAUUAAAAGUGAUGAAAACCAAGGGGGUGCCGGACUCAAGCGAAGCAAUUCUGUGAGAACUUCAGCGAAGUUGUACAGGCUUAUAAAGCGAACGUUUUUUCUGGCGGUUAUCGCAAUCGUUUCUGACAUGACUACUUUCCUGGUGGUGGGUACAGUACUUCCAAGUUACAUACCUCAGUACAUUGUUAGAGUAUUUUAUGAUAUAGACUUACUGAUAAACGUCAUUGCGGCUGUUUCAUCAUUUGAAACCUGGAGACAGAUUCUGAAACAGCCGUUUCUUGCGAUGACGUCACCAUGCAGACGCGAAAGGGAAAAUAAUGUUUAGAAAUAUGAGGCAUUUGAAAAGGUCGAUUUCUUCGAAAAUUUGUUUAAUUGGAACUGUGGGGGCGAUUGAAAUAAACCCAAGCGGUUGAAAUAAACCCAAAUUACACACAGAGGCACUUUUUAUUCUAUUAAAACUUGGGAGUUUUCUUUACACGAUUUCAACAAUCAUUUAACGUAACGGCGUUCUAAGCAAAAUAGGACGGUGGAAUUUUGCGUGUUGAAGGUAGCCCGCUCACGGUUUUACAAACCUACAUGAUUUUCGUACUUACAUGAGUCGUUUUUUUAGUCUUAACGACAUCCAACAUUCACGGGCACAAUCGAAAUAGCUGGUCACAUACGUCCAAUCAGUAUUCAGUUCAAUAAUGUUUUUAGUAGGUUGUAUAUUCAAAAAUCUUGGUUAAAAAAUCC